AUGGGACACGUUGAAACGAGCGAUGAAAUUAAUGAAUGCAAGAGAGUUGGACAACAAAUUUAUUUCAGAGGAAUUCCAGUUACUUGCGAUAAGGAUUCCAUAUUAACAACUGAAAAAAGAAUUGCAUAUGGAAUGACGCUUACAAGGGUAAGAAAAUUCAUUUCGGGAUUAUUAAAACAAUAUUCACCACCAGGAAGUGUUUUCUAUAAAAAUAUUGAAGGAGAUACAAAUUAUAAAGGUGAAUUGAGAUACCUAAAUGGAGACAUGAUCAUCAAUAUUCAUCUUAGAGCAUUUCCUCCAGGUGAUGACUCUUACGCAUUUGGUGUUGCAACUGUCAGAGAUAAGUUAUAUAAAAGAACACUUGGAGGCGAACUUUUUAUUAACACACGAAGAAUACCAAACAAGUAUGAAAAUUAUAACACAGGUAACAAUUCUUUCUUCUAA